GGUGCACGAUUGGCUAAAGAGGUGUGUGUGCGCGAGUGUGGGCCUGGCGAUCGCAGCAGAAACAGAACCGGGCGAACCUGAGCAGCCAUGCUUCCCGGGGUGGGCGUGUUCGGCACCAGCCUCACGGCCCGUGUCAUCAUCCCGCUGCUCAAAGACGAGGGCUUCGCGGUGAAGGCGCUGUGGGGCCGCACGCAAGAAGAAGCGGAGGAGCUGGCCAAGGAGAUGAGCGUCCCCUUCUACACCAGCCGCAUCGACGAGGUGCUGCUGCAUCAGGACGUGGACUUAGUGUGCAUCAAUCUGCCGCCGCCACUCACGAGGCAGAUCGCUGUCAAAACCCUGGGCAUCGGCAAGAACGUCAUCUGCGACCGCACAGCCACGCCGCUGGAUGCCUUCCGCAUGAUGUCAGCCGCACAUUACUACCCCAAGCUCAUGAGCAUCAUGGGCAACGUGCUGCGCUUCCUGCCGGCCUUCGUGCGCAUGAAGCAGCUGAUCGAGGAGGGCUACGUGGGCGAGCUGCUGGUGUGCGAGGUGCAGGUGCACAGCGGCAGCCUGCUGGGCAAGAAGUACAACUGGAGCUGCGACGACCUGAUGGGCGGCGGCGGCCUGCACUCGGUGGGCACCUACAUCAUUGACCUGCUCACCUUCCUCACUGGCCAGAAGGCCGUCAAGGUCCACGGGCUGCUCAAGACCUUUGUCAAGCAGACAGACCACAUCAAGGGCAUCCGCCAGAUCACCAGUGACGACUUCUGCACCUUCCAGAUGGUGCUGGAGGGCGGGGUGUGCUGCACCGUCACCCUCAACUUUAACGUGCCUGGCGAGUUCAAGCAGGAUGUGACUGUGGUGGGCUCGGCCGGGCGCCUGCUGGCGGUGGGCACCGACCUGUACGGGCAGCGCAACARUGCCCCCGARCAGGAGCUGCUGCUGCAGGAUGCCACGCCYGUGAGCAACUCCCUGCUGCCCGAGAAGGCCUUCAGCGACAUCCCCUCGCCCUACCUUCGUGGCACCAUGAAGAUGAUGCAGGCGGUGCGCCAGGCCUUCCAGGACCAGGACGACCGGCGCACGUGGGACGGGCGGCCUCUCACCAUGGCCGCCACCUUCGACGACUGCCUGUACGCGCUGUGUGUGGUGGACACCAUCAAGAGGUCCAGCCAGACSGGCGAGUGGCAGAACAUUGCCAUCAUGACCGAGGAGCCGGAGCUGAGUCCCGCCUACCUGAUCAGCGAGGCCAUGCGCCGCAGCCGGAUGUCCCUUUACUGUUAGCACAGACUGAGGACCUGCGGGACUUAGACCUUCUGUGCGGGGCCCAGAGAAGGGGAAACACGUAGGGRUGAGAGGGUGGUGGUCUUGGGGAUCGUGGGAGUUGGGGACAGAACACGGGUAGAUGGUAUCUGAGAAGGUGAACCCCAGCCCAGGUAAGGGCCCCCAAUAAAGAGUGUCGGUGGGCUGAGCUCAGGGCCAGGGCGUAGGCAGAAGGGCCUGCCAUCCUCCACACGUCCUUUGCCAGGUUUUGCAUGAGAGGGAGGAGGCUCGCUGCCUCUGCUGCCCUUUACUGAGAAGCUAGGAGGGGUUGCUGCCCUCCCUACCUCAUCCACCCCCACACCUUGGCCUCCUUUGCAAGCCAAAUGGCCCUGCAUCAGGGGGCAAGGCCAUGGGAGCCAGGCUCCCCCGACACCUGCCACUGGCAGGAGAUGGCACAUCAUCUCAUGUCCUCAGAAGCCUAACAGUCUAGGGAGAGAUGGAAGUGGGUUGGGUUAGUGAGGCACUUUUUAGUCUACUUGAAGUGUCUGAAGGGAAACUCCUUAGAAGCAAAGGGUUUAGCUUCUUUGAUUUUCCUCAUGGGGAGUCCUAGGGCAUGACUGGUUCCUUAUCCUUCUCCCUGUGGGGUAAGGAAGCAUUGUCCCUUGGCUGACGUUGGAAAGAUCAGGAAUGGCAGCAGAGAGCAGGGUUCCCUUAAGCUGAAAGGGGUGAGCAAGAACACACACUGCAUGGGAACAGGUGAGGCAGAGAGUGAACCCUCCCUCYGAGCUUGUCAACAAUGCAAAACCUGCUUUAUAACCUUUCCAGGAAGGGCGGAUUGAGGAGAGCCAUUCAGACAGCGCRCACCAAGUGGGCGUCUGACUGCAGGUUCCCACGCUGCCCUCUGGAGCUGGGUCAGCCACUGUGCCCCAGUGUUGCAAUGUGAGUCCCCAAAAAGGGAAAAUGAGCAUAGCCCUGGAGUUGCUUUGAAUUCCAACACCAAGCUGGGCUUCCCAGCUUGGUAGAUUGAAAAGGGAAGCCUUCAGUUCCACUCAGAAUUCUCUUAAGAUGAGAAGCCAAGGCUCUUUCCCUUAGCUUUGGCUUCUAGAAUUCUGACACCUGAAAACUACUGAAUAGUUAUCAAAAAAGAUAGCAAGGAACAUGAUUUUCAGUGUUUCUAAAAUGGGGGUUUGGAGGCCUCAGAGGGCUGUAUGUCAGGGCGGAUCAGGCUGAAGGUGGAAAAUCUUCUACUUGCCCCCUGGCUCUCUUGUAUUUUCACCCACUUUUCCAGCUUCCAUUAGUGACARCCAACUGUAAGCUCAAGAGUGGGCAGUGCCAAAAGGGAACGGCUCGUCACAUGGGCCCAUACACUCAUUUGUAAAUACUUACCAUCAUCAAAUGUCCCCCAAAUCAGUUUUUUAAAAUUCAGGUCUGAUCUUGAAAGAAAGACCAAGUCAAUUACAUUUUGAAAUGUGGAAUUAUUGUUGUCUUUGCUAACUUUUCACACACACCCCCAUCCCAUAAUACAUUUGUGAGGCUGKGUGUGGGGACUAGUCCUCGUAAGUCUACGUAGCUUUUGUUCACAGGUUUCUGAAGUCAAACAGGUGUCUUUGGCAUACAGCCAGGGUGAAGACUUCCUUUCAGAUUACCAGCAAUAGAACUAGAAGGGAAUUAAAGGCCCUGGAGGCCACUCCCAGCCUCUAAAUGGGCAACAUUUGAAAAGGAACAGUCCCAACAGAGGGUCCUCCAUCCUCCUCCCUGGAGUCGAUACACUGCAAAGCCCCCAGGCUGCUCCUACUCACAGGAAUAGUCCUGGAUGUAYCUAAGCACCAGGGAAAUGUUCAUCUUCUAGGACAAAAGAGUAAAUCUUGCUUUUCUUGGAAGAAUCACCCUGUUCCCUGGGCCCCUAUACAACAUGGUGGGGUUAGUUAGCAGAAAUUCCAUGACAUGGUUAUGUUCCCUGAUAGGUUGACUCACUUCAAAAUUGGGAGAUGUGGUGGAUGGAAAGUGUCCCAGUGCUAGUUGGAGCAAAGGGCCCCAUUUCUGGACUAUUUGGGUUUCUGUUCUAAAUUGCCCUCUGGAGAAGUAGUUUUUGUGAAAACUGUAGAAAGAAGUUUUUUUUUUUUUCCUAGCUUGCCUGAAAGGCUGUGAUUAAGGAUGAAGGGAAAUAAAACUAGGUGACUCUACAGGUUUCAUUUUUCUACAUCAUUUGUAGUCUAGGUAGAUAUUCUUGGAGUUUCCAUUUUGUCUUUCUGUACUUAACCAUAACACUGUAGAGAUUCCCCCUACCCCCACACAAAGGCCUCUGAGCUCUGUGAUAAACAAAAAUUCUUGUUUGAGGCCAGGGRAUAUAAAAGGCAUAUACUUUAAAAGAAGCAUGAAAAAUAUUUUUAGUAAGUGUACUCAAAUUUUAUCUACUGAAAUGCAUGUAGUAGGUUGAAACAGAAACAAGAGGAAGAAAAGACCUAGGUAGCUCAUAUUUUAGUAUAAAAAUGACAGCAAAUGAGUUUAAGAUACUUUAGUGUUCCUUCUGCACUUGUCCUACCACAUGCAAAGACUGGUGGGAAGCAGCAAGGUGAGACUGAAAUUCCUGAGGACUUUGUUUCAGCUUGGCACCCUCAGGGGUCUGGGUACCAUCUGCUGACUUUGAUCUAGGACUAAUUCCCAGUAAUAACCCAGCGCAUUUCUUUAAUGUGCUUCAAGGGCCUGCUGUAACGGAGGCAGCCCUGUAAGGUCUACACGUUCAGUUUCCCCUUGACUGUCUGGUACCCUUCGUUGUGUAGAUGCCUCUACAAAAGUCCUAAAUUCCAAAUUCUCAGAGAAGAUGCAGGUCAGGGUUCUUUUCAGGCAGGCACAGUGUUAAGGGAAUGCCCUGGGCUUAUUUGGAAACCUUGGAGGCUGUGAUCACUGUUUCUCCAAGACUUCUCUCCUUGCUGGGAAGAUUGCAUCGCRGGGCACCUCAGAUCUAGUGUGGCCUACCUGGCAGCAGAUACAGUGUGCAGAGCAUCUCAUUCAGUCCAUAAGAACAGCUCUACUGGGUGUUUUCAUCCCUUUUGCACACUAGAAAGCAACUGUCCAAAAAUCAGCAAGAAAGCAGAAGUGAACUCACCGGAAUUUACCACCUUUUUCUCCAAGCCCAGUUCUGUUUCUGCCCUUCAAACCCUGGAGAGGGGCUGCCCUCCCCCUGUGCUGAGUGGACUCCAGUGAGACCUGGAGUCCACUUCUCUGCUGAGGCUCCCUCUUGUCGAGCAGGAUUCAACAUUUGGUGUUUUGCCAGAAAGUUCGUUAUUAGAG